GUUUUAGAGAAUCCGAGAGAAGAAGGGGAAAAAGUUCCUGCUAUCGUGUGACCAAACAGGACAUUGAACCUGUCUGCAUUUCAUUAACGCGGGUAGUGUAUGCUGUGUCGGCACUCACACAUCGACCAUGGACGGCUGUCCUCCCACUCCGCUGUUCACAUUUGGAGUGAUAGCAGACAUUCAGUACGCGGACCUAGAGGACGGGUUCAACUACAGCCGGACGCGGAAGCGGUUCUACCGGAGCAGCCUACAGCUGCUAAAGAACGCCCAGAGGAGCUGGGCAGAGUCCGCUGUCAGACCCGAGUUUAUCCUCCAGCUGGGAGACAUUAUCGACGGCUUCAACAAGGGCCCCGGCGCGUCUGAGCGGGCCCUUGACACCGUGCUGAGGGAGUUCUCCGGGCCCGCGGAGGUCCACCAUGUGUGGGGCAACCACGAGUUCUAUAACUUCAGCAGGAGCGCGCUGCUGCGUUCACGGCUCAACAGCAGCGCGCUGCACAGGGACCGGGACCUGAGCGGGGACGUCUACGCCUACAGCUUCAGCCCGGCCCCCGGAUUCACGUUUGUCGUGCUGGACGCCUAUGAUGUGAGCCUGCUGGGCAGGGAGCCGUCCAGUGAGCAGUACGGCCAGGCUAUGGAUCUGAUAAAACUCUACAACAACAACGACGACCUGAACUGCCCCCCAGUUUUGGAAGGGCUGCAGCGGAGGUUCACCAUGUUCAACGGGGGCUUCGGUCAGGAGCAGCUGGACUGGCUGCAUGCUCUUCUGACCGCGUCUGAUGACAAAAGAGACAGAGUUACAAUCGUCAGUCACGUCCCUGUGCACCCCGGCUCCACAGACCCCGUCUGCCUGGCCUGGAACUACGAGGAGCUGCUGGCCGUCAUCCGGGCCCACAGCAGCGUGGUGUGUUACAUGGCCGGACACAGCCACGACGGGGGGUACUGUCAGGAUAAAGACACGGGCGUACACCACGUGACGAUAGACGGGGUGAUCGAGACCCCCCCUGACAGCGAUGCCUUCAGCACCGUCUCUGUGUAUGCAGACAGGAUGGUGCUGAAAGGGGAGGGGAGGGUGGAGGAUCGAGUGUUUCUGUUCCCAUCAUAAGGAUACAGUUCACACCUCACUGAGGCUUUCGGGACGUCAUGACAGGGAUUUUAUGGACUGGGAUAUUUCCAGGGUGUUUAUUAUUCUCUGGAGGUCAGGUCCCUUUACAAGAAAGACAAUCUCCCAUCUCGUAGCGUUAGGCUUUCCAUGAUUUUCUCAGAUGAAUAAACAUUAACCCACUUCAGUCAUGGAAGGGCUGUAACCUACCAUUGGUUUAGUUUUGGUAAAGGCUUUAAAGUGUGAACUAACUCAGCAGGGGGAACACCAUACUGUCAAUAUGUAUUUAUUAAAUAGUUUUGAUUAUUUAUGAGUGUAUAUCUAAUACACAAGCUUUUACACAAGAGGUUAAAUGCUAUUAUUUGUAUAGUUAUACACAAUUUAAGCAGAAUUUUGUAUUUGUUACAUAUGCUGCCUACUGCAUUUUGCACAUAUAGAAAGCACUGAUUUUAUUUAUUUAUUUUGAUUUAAGUUAUUUGAUGGGCAUUGUUGUGAAAAAUGGCCUUGUUAGUUGAACCCCUUCUUUGACUUUGCAGGUUCUGCUCGCACAUGUGAUGAUAAAUGAUUUGUUAGUAAUUGCAAAUUGGUUUAUUUAUGGAAUAAAAUGAGCACAAACAUAAAAGCCUCUCAGAUAGGAGUGUAAAGAAGGUUCAGGAACAGUAGGAAUUAUAAUGUAGGCAGAGCAUGAAGUAAUUACUGUCGUAAAUCCACAGUUUACAAAACCCUGUAGCAAGGUCAUCUAGCAAUCAAAAUGUUAUUUGGUAUCGAGAUAUACCAGAGGUAACGGUACUCACUCUGCAGAAUAUAUAUGACUGUAUUAUAAUUAUUGAUGCAUGAAUGUUAUCAUUAAUGUAGCCGUGAGUAAAAGAGGAGUUAUUUUGUAUUAGUUUAUAUACUGCUGGGAGCCUUGUGAAUUUUUUGGGAUCAAUACGUUUUUAUGCUUCCAUGAUAAAGUUUUAAUCUGAAUCCUUAAAGUAACUUAACCUGUCUACACUGCUCAAAAAAAUAAAGGAACACUUUUAA